CCCUUUCUCUCUCUCACACACACUCACUCAUUUACUCACUCACCAACCACCUUGAACUGUGUAUUUUGUUUCAUCAGCAGCAGCACAAUAAAUUCCCCAUAAAGUAAAAAACUUUGAUCAUUUUUCUUACAUUUUACUCAAAUGGGUCUCUUCUUAUAAUAAUCUUGUUUACAUUAAACUUACUUUGGUGUCUUUUUUAAGAAAAAAAGGGGUUUCAUUUAACAGCACACAUUAUUGACCGAGAGAAAUGAAAAAGACAGAGAAAGAAGUGGUUGAGAAAAAUGCAGAUGAUUCUGAAGAAUGGUGUUUUGAAUGCAAAGAUGGUGGUGAUAUAAUUAUUUGUGAACACAAGGAUUGUCUAAAAUCAUAUCAUGAAGGAUGUGCAGGUAAAGCUGCAAAAGCGAAAAAGUUUAUAUGUGCUUUACAUAAGUGUCUUGAUUGUCGUAAAAGGACUCCUGGUUUUCAAUGUUAUGGCUGUCCAAAAAGUUUUUGUAAAGGCUGUGUCAAAGAUGCUGACUUUGUUCGCGUCAAAGGGAAGAAAGGAUUCUGUGAUUACUGCUUAAAGCUUACGCUACUUGUGGAGGAAAAGAAAGAUAUUGAUUCCGAUGGGGAAAAGAUAGACUUUGACGAUCGCGAGACGUAUGAGACCCUGUAUAAGGAAUACUGGUUGAUUAUUAAUGAGAAAGAAAAGUUGACUCUGGAUGAUCUAAGAUCCGCUAAGGCGCGUUUGAAAUCAGACAAUGAUUAUGAUUCUGACAACCGUGAUGAGGGUGACGAGUAUGAAAAUUCAGAUUCUGAAGAUAACGAAGAAGUUAAUGCAUAUGAUUCGGGAAAAAGAUCGAAAAGUUCAAAGCGUGGACGGCCCAAGAAGAAAGUCAAAAGACAGGUCAAAGAAAAAUCAAACAAUCCAGAAUUUAUUGGCUGGGGAUCGACCCGUCUCAUAGAAUUUCUUACAUCUAUAGGGAAAGAUACAACUAACCCGUUAACUCAGCGAGACCUAGAAAACAUCGUAGGGAGGUAUGCUAAGGAAAAUAACUUGCUCCAAAAGAACAAGAUAGUCGAAUGUGACGAUAAGCUAUGGUCUAUUUUUAAGAGAAAAACAAUAAGGAUGAAUAGAAUAUAUGACUCGUUAGAAACCCAUUUAGCAGAGAACCAAGUGGUAUCAUCAGAUGAAGAUGAGUUAGAAUAUGAUUCAGAGGAAAAGUAUCAUGAUCAUGAUGAGGACUUGGUGAUCCAUAAGAACAAGAAAAAGAAAAUGGUAGACAAAAUAGUGGAGAAAAAAGAGGAAGUGGUUGAUGUUUCAUACUAUCGUUUUGCAUCGAUUGUUCCUGAAAACAUUAGGCUUGUGUACUUGAAAAGAAGUUUAGUUCAGAAGUUUGAAAACGAACCCGAGACUUUUGAGAGGAAGCUAGUUGGAAGUUUUGUAAGAGUUAAAAAAGACCCAAAUGGUUGCUUUUCAAGGGGUUAUCAACUUAUGCAAAUAACAGGGGUAAAGCUAUGUUCAGUUGGCGAAACUCCACAAACGUUUGUGUUGCAAUCUCUAGAAACAGAUAUCCGCAUCAACUCACUAUCAGAUGACGACUUCUCUGAGGAAGAAUGUCAAGAUCUGAAAAAUAAAGUGAAAUCUGGAGUACUUAAAAAGCUGGAAUUGGUUGAACUUGAAGAGAAGGCUAGGAGUCUACACAGGGACAUUGUAGCCAAUUGGAUUCCCAGACAGCUAGUUAUAUUGAAACACCGUAUUGAUCAAGCGAAUGAAAAAGGAUGGAGAAAAGAGCUGCAUGAAUACUUACAAGAGAGAGCUUUCCUGGAAAAGCCAGAAAAUCAGUCAAAGUUACUUGAAAAGCUACCAAAAUUGGUUCCUGAUGUAGAAGAAACCAAACCUAUUGAAGAUGACAAGAAAGACGAAAAGGAAUCACCAAAAUCUAUUCUAACACGUACGUCAUCUGGAAAUUUCAAAGACAUUGGGACCAGUUCAGACGAGACCAAACAAGAGGUGCCUGCAUCUGAAAAUUUUCAAAUGGCAAUGAAACUAGAGAAAUUUUUCUGCUCGCCAGAGAAACCAAAGAAGUCAUAUAAACCGUCUGCUGUAAAAACUCCAACUCAAUUGUUUGACUCUAAUGACGGGAAGUCAAUUAUUGCUAUAAGUAAGGAGGACCUUGAAGAAACAGAGAGCUCUCAAUGGUAUGUUACAAGCUCAAAUGGCGAUAAAGUAGGGCCUGUUUCAUUGUCAGUGCUUAAGAAUUGGUCUCAAUCCGGAGUUGCAUCAAAAUCAAAGAUUUACAGGAGUGUUCAAACUGAAGAACAGGCGAAACCAUUGUUGGAUGUGCUUCGUCUUGCUUUUCCUAUUAAGUGAUGUUUUUCAAGGGUUAUUUUAAAAGUGCGUGUUUUGACUUCGCCAUAAGUCAAACUUAGUACUUGCAUUUUUAAGUCUAUUAGCAGUAUAUUAUGUAAUAAGAGUCUAGUGGCUUAAUUUGAAACUCCUGUUUUGACUGCCAUAAGUCAAACAAGUAUAUUAGUUGCUCGCUAUAUUAAGCGUCACAGGUGACCAGUGGUUUUGGGCCUAGGAUGUUUAAAGCUGUUGAUAGUAAGUCUGGUCUCUUCAUAUGUGGAACGCUUUGUAGUAUAUUAUAAUAUUAUAUUUGUGCUCAA